CCACCCCCCGCUCCAGCCUCUGCGGAAAGAUGGAGGAGACCGAAUCCGUGCACACCAGGCGGUUUGAAGCGGCUGUCAGUGUCAUUCAGAGUUUACCUAAAAACGGUUCAUUUCAGCCAUCAAAUGAGCUGAUGUUGAAGUUCUACAGUUACUAUAAACAAGCAACACUGGGCCCCUGCAACACCCCGAGGCCUGGAUUCUGGGAUCCAAUUGGCAAAUAUAAAUGGGAUGCUUGGAAUUCCCUGGGUGAUAUGUCUAAAGAAGAAGCCAUGAUUGCCUAUGUUGAAGAAAUGAAAACGAUCCUUGAAUCGAUGCCCAUGACUGAGAAGGUAGAGGAUCUACUUCGUGUCAUUGGACCAUUCUAUGAACUUGUUGAUGACAAAAAACAAACCUUGUCGCCACUUGCCAUCUCAGCAGAUCUUGGCAAUGUUCUCAGUUCAGCCCAAAACUGUGACAAAAUGAACGGAAAUAUUGAGAGCAACGAUAGUAGUGCUGAAUCUGAACAGGAGGAAGGUGAAGAGGAUGAUGAUGAAGAUGCAACUGAUGAUGAUGAGAAAGAAGAAAAUGAAGUAGUGAAACUGCAGAACUUGACCCAGGGAUCAGCUGUAGACAUGAAAGCAGAACUUGUGCUGCCCAAUGGCACAGUCGGGGAGAAAUUGAUUCCUUGUGCAUACAGCACUUUUCAAAAUUCUAAAUCUUCACUGAAUGGAGAGGAAACGGCAGAUAAAAAGACAGUGCUCCAAAUGGGACCAGCAACAGACAUCAAUGGUGAAAUAGAUGGGAUGGAAAACCACCUUGAGGAUAUAUCAGGAAUUCAGCACAUUACGAGUGACUCUGACAGUGAAGACUACUGUGACUCAAUGGAACAGCUCGGCUUGGAAGAGAUAUCAAAACACAUUUCUGAUGGAGAGAUGCUUAAUAGUUCCCCCAAAAUCUCAGCAGUUGCCUACAGCCGGCUAUCGGGUAGCACAAGGUGGAACAUUCAGCCAGAGUUGGAACAUUCUGCCGGAACCAUUGAGCUUCAGGGAGAGCAUAAGGGAAGAGAAGGGGGUGUUGCGCAUGGUGGUGAAGACACAAAGCCAAGUGGAAGUGGAUCUUACAAAGAGAAGAUAGCAACUGAAAAAACAGAGUCUCGUGGGCUCAAGAGAAUGAGAGGCAACAGAAUGCAGUACCUGGGGGACAGUUCUCAGGUUGCACAACAGGGUAGUAGUGGUGAUGGAGAACGGUGGAAUUCAGACUGGGUACAAAAUCGGAGCCUGAACCAACAGAUUGCUGCAGCGCUCAGCAGGCUCCAGGAGGAUAUGCAGGACGUAGUGGAACGUCUUCACACCCUGGAGGCACUCACUGACUCUCAGGCAAACUCAGAAAAUCUGCAACCAAAUUCUCGCAGGGAUACAUUUGUUAAGAAAUCGUCUUGGUGGCCUUUUGAAGUGUCAGGCCAUACCCUAGCAUUUGCAGUGCUUUGGCCUUUCAUUGCCCAAUUGCUGGUACACUUGUAUUUUCAAAGGAGAAAGAGAAAACUGAAUUAGAUGUCCUUCUGGGAUUAUGAAGGUCUUAAAAGGUAGAUCCAUGGAAACUGGAGACUGCAAAUGAUUCUUGUCUCCUGUGUGUUCAGUGGCAUUUUACCUUCCCUAAGUCAAGGUGUGCAUUUUGGUUGAACACCACAGUGAAUGCACUGUACAUAACUAACUGUGAGAACUACUGAUACUUGAACCAAAUUGUUACAUUAAUUGUGAAUGAAUUUAAUAAUUAUUCUGAAAGCAUAUUCUUGUUCUAACAUUUAAUUUAUGUAAUAAAACACUACAAUAUGUCACUGUAAUAAUUAACACUAUCUGAAUGCAAAUCUCAAUGUUCAUUUCAACUGUUGUGAUACAAGUGGAAUCCUGUUAGAAAUUACAGGAUCUGUUAGAAUCAUUAUAUUUCAGUCCUUCCCUGGACUAUUCUGUUUGUGUUUGUAUAAAAUCAAGACUUCUGUAUUGA